AUGUCCACCCCCAAAUCUGAGGCCGCCUCCAGCGAUGCCAGCAGCAGCAAAGUCAUCAGCCCCAUCUCCCUCGCCCAUAUCGUCUUCCGCACCGCCAACCUCCAACGCCAAAUCGACUUCUGGACCCUCUUCCUCGGCGCCACAGUCGUCUUCCAAAACGACAUCAUCGCAUUCCUCCAAUACGACGAUGAGCACCACCGCAUCGCCUUCAUCGCCGAUGCCAGCGCCCAACCUGAGCAAGGCAGCAGCAAGGGGGCGGGGAUGCACCACGUCGCCUUCACAUUCGCGAGUCUUGCGAAUCUGGUGGAGGCGUAUAAACAACGCAAGGCAUUUGGGGUGUUGCCUACGUGUCCGGAUGAGGCGAGGGAGUUUAUGCAAGGGGAGCUGUUUAGGGAGAAUCCGUUGGGGACGGACUUUGAUCCGGAGGAGUUGGAUGGGAAGAUACGGAGUGGUGUUGAGGAUAGUGUCCUUAAGAAAAGGGUUGAGAUUGGGCCGAGGGUGUCUUCGCCGUGA